ACCAUAGUCCACGUCUCAUUGGUUUUAAAGCAUCCACUAUCCGGCCAUAUAUUUCCCUUUGCUUUCCCACUUAUUCCUCACCAUCUAUACUCACAACUUGUUCCUGCUCCAAUAUUUUCAGUUAAAAAUAAGAGUUGCAGCCAUGGGAACGGCAAUAUCUAGAUUGGUGAGGAUGCUUUUUGCAAAGAAAGAAAUGAGGAUAUUGAUGGUGGGACUGGAUGCUGCUGGCAAAACAACAAUCCUUUACAAGUUGAAGCUUGGAGAGAUUGUCACUACCAUACCAACCAUCGGAUUUAAUGUGGAAACAGUUGAGUACAAAAAUGUUAGCUUCACUGUCUGGGAUGUUGGAGGACAAGAUAAGAUACGACCUCUAUGGAGACACUACUUUCAGAAUACUCAGGGCCUUAUUUUUGUGGUGGAUAGUAAUGACAGAGAAAGGGUAUCAGAAGCUAGAGAUGAGCUUCACAGGAUGCUCAGCGAGGAUGAACUGCGUGAUGCAACCUUACUUGUCUUUGCAAACAAGCAAGAUCUCCCAAAUGCCAUGACCGUUUCCGAAAUCACGGACAAACUUGGCCUGCAUUCACUUCGCCAACGCCGUUGGUACAUCCAAGCUACUUGUGCCAGCUCUGGGCAAGGACUUUAUGAAGGUCUUGAUUGGCUAUCCAGCAAUAUCUCUAACAAGGCAUAAUCUAGCCGACCCUCCAAAAGAAAGACUUGAAAAUACCAGCAGCCAUGGGCAUGUAACUAUAUAUCUUCAUUGUUCAGUAGAUUUUGAACCAAUUUUACAAUUAAGAAACUAAUAUAUAUAUGUAUGUAUGUAUGUAUGUAUGUAUCUAUGCAUGUAUAGAUCUUUGUGUGUGAUAUAUCAUAAAGAAACAUUUGGCCAGUGGUUCAAGAAA